AUGGCCAAGUAUUCUUUUCUUUCCCUUGGUACUCUUUGUCUCCUUGUCUUGUUUCAUGGCUGCCUAGCCAGACAACAACAAGAGCAUACCCAGCCCCAACAUCAGUUCCGAGGAGAAAAAAGCAAGUGCCAGCUCUAUAACCUUGAUGCCCUCGAACCUUUUCGUCGGGUCGAGGCCGAGGCUGGUCUAAUUGAGUAUUGGGAUCAGAAUGACGAUCAGUUCCAAUGUGCUGGUGUUGCAGCUUUUCGUAUUACCAUUGAGCCCAAUGGCCUAGCUUUGCCAGCCUACCAUAAUGCACCUCAACUUAUCUACGUUGUUCAAGGUAAAGGAGUUCUGGGAUUAUUGCUCCCUGGUUGCCCUGAAACAUUCCAACGACAUCAGCAAUCUGAGGAUCAAGACAGUAGAAGCCAAACAUCUACGAAGCAAGACAGGAAAAGCAAAAGAUCAGAGGAUCAAUACAGUAAAAGCCAAAGAUUAGAUGAUCAACACCAGAAACUUAGAUUCUUCAAACAGGGAGACAUUAUUGCGGUGCCCAAUGGAGCUGCUUAUUGGUUUUACAAUGAUGGUGACACGCCAGUUGUUGCAUUCUCUUUCAGUGACACCACCAACAAUGUCAACCAGCUUGAUGAUAGAAUGAGAAAAUUCUACCUUGCUGGUCAUGUACAAGAAGAACAAGAACAACAACAGCAACAGCAACAACAAAGAGGAUCAUCAUCAUCCCGGCGCCAGCAGAAAGCUGAACAGGAGAGCUCUGGCAACAACAUAUUCAGUGGCUUUGAUGUUAAGCUACUGGCUCAGGCUUACGGUGUGAGAAAGGAGACAGCAAGAAAGCUUCAAGGUGAAAAUGACCAGAGGGGACCUAUCAUCCAUGUUAAAGAGGGUCUUCAAGUGAUAAAGUCAAUAUUGAGUGAAGAUGAGGAACAACAACAAGAAAAGAAUGUAAAAGAAAAUGGUUUUGAGGAAACCCUUUGCAACAUGAGACUUAGACAAAACAUUGAUAAAGCCACAAGUGCUGACAUAUAUACCCCACUUGGUGGACGAGUGACCAACCUCAACAGCCAAAGCCUCCCUAUCCUUGGCUUCCUUCAACUUAGUGCUGAACGAGGAUAUCUCUACAAGAAUUCUAUGUUAUCUCCUCAUUGGAACAUGAAUGCACAUAGUGUGAUCUACGUUCUUAGUGGUGAAGCCCGGGUUCAGAUUGUUGGAGACUCUGGACACACCGUCUUUGAUGGGCAACUUCGUAAGAACCAGCUCCUGAUCCUUCCACAAAACUAUGCCAUAGUGAAACAAGCAGGAGAUGAUGGGUUUGAAUGGAUUUCGUUCAAGACAAAUGAUAAUGCAAUGAUCAGCUCACUUGCUGGGAGGGCUUCAGUCAUUCGGAGCAUGCCAGAAGAGAUCCUCGUCAAUUCCUACCAGAUUUCAAAUGAAGAAGCAAGAAGGCUGAAAUUCAAAAGAGAAGAAAUGCUGGUCUUCAAACCAAAGUCUGAAUCUCAUGGAAGGUCGGCUGCAAUGUAA